AUGGAGUCGCCUGAAGCGGGAUGGAUGCCUUCCUCUGUGCUCGGCGGUGCAACGGAGGUGAAUGAAGUGGCAGGAUUUGAUGAGAGUGAUCAACGCGUCAUCCUGAUGCGUCAGAUGGACCUAGUGGCAGACUAUCUGAUGCAAGCGCAGGCCGCACACCGAUCCGUGGAGGAAAUUACUAAUCUUGCACAAAAUCUCGCCGAGUUGGAGAGUGAGCUGACUCGUAUUAGCGUCGCUUCCCCACACGAGUAG